UGCUUUUCUUUCAGCUUGAUUUUUUCUAUGUUGCUUAUGGUUUCUUUGCUAUUAUUAGUAUUUUAUCUUCUUCUUUUGUUCCGUUCAUGUAAAGUUUCAUUCCGAGUAUUGUUUGUGCUCAUCUUAAGGCAUUUUGAAAUCUAUUUGUCCAUUAUAGCUAUCAUGUUUGACUGUUGUGUUGAAAUUUUCUUAUCACCAUUAAUAAUACAGAAAUAUCUGAAUGACCUAUAACUGGGUUUCCUGGCAUGUUGGUAAUCUAAUGUUGCGAAUCUAUGAUGAAGCUACUGGAAAAAAGCUUCAUGCAUCUAAUAUGACUAAACCCAGGGUUUUAGAAAAAUUGUGAAAAAAAAAGUAAAAAAAAAAUCUGUCUGAUUUUAGCUUAUUGAGAUUGAGGAAUGCUUUGGUACUUCUGGAUUGCGUUACAUUCAGAAUUUCCAUUAAGAUCUCCCUUUCUUUUUCCCCCUUAGAUUUAUAUAUUUUACAUUUGAAAUGAUUAUACAAUGCAACAGCACUAUCUCCGAGAUAUAGUCCAUCCCCUAAAAAAUAAUACAAUUAUUGUUAGUUUUGUUUAUUUGUAUGUCGUAUGUUAUAUUUCUUAUCCUAGAUCUUAAAUUAGACCCCAAGAAGUUACAGGGGAAGGUCUCUGUCCUUGCAAGAUUCAUUCUUCACUCACAUAGGUAGGGAAACUAGGAUUGUAUCUAAUAAGAUUUUCUUACCCAGGAAAAAAAAGAGUAUAUAAUAGGAUUCCUAUUCCUUGUAAAAGUUUUUCUCACAAUACAGUAUAAAAGUUUUGAAUUGGUGGGGUGAUUGGCUAACCCAAGACUUAUCCCAAUUGAACAGUAUUUUAACUUCAGUGGAAGCAACUUUUUAUCUAAUUCUUUAGCCAAGAAAUAUAUAAUAAAGACUCCACAUAACUACUUUGAAGACUCAGAUAAACGUUUAAAAUAUAAUUCUCAAGUUUCUAUUGCAUUAAACACUGACUGGUGGACCCAUUUAUAAUCUGUACUACAAUCAAGAAUAAGUAAACCUGUACAUUAUUUAAACAAACAAAGAAAUUUGGCUUCCAGACCAUAAAUGGUUCCAAUUUAGAUCUGGUGGGACCCAGUCCAGGGUUGGUAAUCCAUUAAUCUGUUGUGUUCUGGCUUUGUGCCACCAUCAAUUUGUUAAUUAGUUCAAUGCAAAAUUACCAUUUUUAGAAUAUUGGUGAACCUUUUCCAGACAAGUCAGUUAAUCACCAGGAUAGAGGUGAUUGGAGCAAGCUAAGGCACAAUGCAUUGCCAUCUCUGUUGUAAUGGCUUAAGAAGGUCUGUUUGUGGUCAAAUGUUUGGCCAUCAGUGCUUAGGGACCCCAGUGCCUGAAGUUGUACUGCUCAGUUAACAAGAGUACGAAAAAUGAACUUAAGCCAAGAUGCUUGGCUAAUCGGUGCAGUCUGUUGUCCUAGGAAACUCUGGAAGGGGGGUGUUAUUUCCUCAUGGUCCAUGGUUCAUGUAUGGGAUUUCGGUUAGUGGAGCCCUGUGGGCAUCCAUGGGGUUUCUGGGCCAUGCAUAUGGCACUGUGCAUCUCUAAUGCGGGGUUUGUUGGGGCCAACUGGCCUAAUGAUAUUUUUAUCGAAAUCAUAGCUUUAUUUUUAGGAAGUCAACAUCUUCUCUGAUGUUCGUGGGAAAAAAGAAAUUUCCAAUAUUCUGGGUGUUUGACUUGUCGAAGGGCAAGCGAUCUGGCAAAUGUGCAGUUGCUUAUGGUGCUUCUGCCUUUAAAAAUUUUAACGAGUCUGGUGCCUAACGAAGGAAGAGAUUCCAGUUUGAUGUUUCCCAAAGAAGAAGACCUUUGUGUAUGAUGCGUGUUGCAUGUAAAAGGUUAAUUGUUUUAAGAAAUGCACACAUGCUUUUGAGUUGUGAUAGACAUGUCCAAGGGCGACUGCCUGUGUAAGGAAAGAGUUGCUAGUUAUGUACCCAGAUAUGGUCUCCAACCUUACUGGAAGCAGGGUUAAGUUUUGAAUGGUUGCAUUUUGUAACCUGUGGUUGGCCACGUGUUUAACCUUUGCUGUUUAUCUUGACGUCAUUUUAGUCUUGAAAGUCAUUGAUCCUUCUGGGGCAGUAUGUGCUGUUCUUCAACCUGUGUUCUGCCUGAGUGAUUGACUUGUUUGUUUUACUCUAAAUGCCAUGGAUUGCUUCUGAAUUAGGCAUACACAGUCUUAUCCUCACUUGUAGACUUUUUCUUUGAUGGUACACCCUAUUCCUAAUGACAUAAUUACUUGUUGUUACUUUGUCAUCUUACAGGUUUGAGUUUAGUACCUACAUUUAGAUCAGGUAUAGGUGUUUUUACUCAAUGCUUUGAGACUUAGCCUCCAAUAUAGAUAGAGAAGAUGCAGUUGAUACCUGAAAGAGAAUAAUUUCAUGGGUUUCCACCCAACCCUCGGUGAUGAACUGAAAGCAGGAAUGCUCACAAUUAAACUGUGCAUUAUCUUGUGCUUAACUUGAUUAUUGCUAGCACUGAACGCCCAUGGCUUUAGGAAAUAUUUCCGACUAUUAAACUGUGCAUUUUCUUGUGGUUAACUUGAUUAUUGCUAGCACUGAAUGGCCUUGGCUUUAGGCUAGUUCUUGAGGUUGAGCUCAGCGGUCUUUUGAGUGUGUGUUGUGGGAGAGUAGACGAGAUGUUAUUUCUUGAAUGCAUGAUUCAUUUAGGAUUUGAUAUUUUCUUUGUGGCCAUUUAUGGUAUAAGGAUGCUAGUUCUGUUCUGGUAUAAAAGUUUUAUAGCAAGAUUCUGAGUGGUUUAUACUGCUGAGAAGAUGAGAAAUGUCACCUCCCUGUGGUGCAGGAAGACUCUGCCUUUCUGGCUAUUUUUGGCAUGGUUUUUCUGUCUGGGUGGGAUUGGACGCCUAUGUAAUAUUUUGAUGACCAGAUGUGAGGCUUCUAAAAGGGAUCGACGUAACAUGGGUGAUGGUGGCCAACGUGAAAAUGGAAGACAAAAAUCAGAUCAAUACAAAUCAGUUCACUCACAGUGGAUGAUUCCCCAACAUCAGAUGAUGGCCAUCAUGGCUGAGAGGGAUGCUGCAAUCCACGAAAGGAAUUUGGUCCUUGCUGAACGAAAGGCAGCUGUGGCUGCACGAGACAUGGCUAUCUUGCAGAGAGAUGCAGCGAUUGCAGAGCGGAACAGUGCCAUAAUGGAAAGGGAUAAUGCCUUGUCUGCUCUUGAAUAUCGGGAAAGUGUCAUGAAUGGCAGUGGCACACCAUGUCCACCAGGAUGCAGCAACCUGCGUGGGACAAAACACAUGUGCCAUCACCAUCAUCAUCAACCACAUGUGGCAGAAUCUCCUUACCAUGCAAGGGGGGAUCACGUAACUGAAGUCAUACCUAUAUCAGAGACUGCUGCUUCUGAGGAUGUCAAGCCCCUGCGUGCUAAGCGAAUGAGGAAGGAAAUCAAAACUGUGUUAUUGAAAGAGUCAUUAAAGUCACCAAGGAAGGGUAGUAAGAAAGGUGAAGACUUGAACAAGGUCACUAUUGCCAAGACGCAUGAAUGGAGCAGCGGCCAUGAUUUUGAUGGUGGAGUUGAGGAUCGGAAGAAACAGGCAGCAUUGUCAAAGCCUGAUUGGAAGGGUCAUGACCUGGGAUUGAAUCAGGUCACCUUUGAUGACUCAGCCAUGCCAGUGCCAGUUUGCUCAUGCACAGGAGUCCUUCAGCCGUGCUACAAAUGGGGGAAUGGGGGUUGGCAGUCUGCAUGCUGCACCACCACCUUGUCAAUGUAUCCACUCCCUGCAUUACCAAACAAGCGCCAUGCUCGCGUUGGUGGACGUAAGAUGACUGGCAGUGCCUUUACAAAAUUGCUUAGCCGCUUGGCUUCUGAGGGCCAUGACCUGUCUACACCCCUUGAUCUUAAGCACCAUUGGGCCAGGCAUGGGACAAAUCGCUACAUUACCAUCAAGUAGCUUGUAUGUUGAUGCGAAUAUUUGACAGAAAUUGAAACAGGAAGGCGGGGAGAUGUGUAAGUAAUCUUUUAUAUCUAUUCUGCUUGAGAGAGUGUUGAAUGGGCUUGUGUGACUAUAAAUUGCAGUCUUGGGAUGGUGCUUUCCCUCUCUCUGCAAAAGUGGGCAAAUCAAAGGUGAGAACUGAGCCUUGCAGAGGGGCCCGACUCCGUUGGUAUUGUGUAUGCCUGUGUGGACUGAAAGAGGGAAAGAGGGACGGUUUGUUUCUUCUCACUCACUCCACACUUUUCCAUGUUUAACUUAAGGGGAGGGUUCUCUGAGCCUGGGCGAAGAAGAUAAUGCGAAAAAAUGGUACCAGGUAGGGAGACAAGAAUUAUGCAGUUUUACCCUAAGAAUGUCGAGAGACUGUUUCGAUCACUUGACCAUCAGGUUGCAAUAUUUGUACUUUUACUAUUUCUUUUCAUUUUGAUGCUUAGAUUGAACCCUACAAUUACCGGUA